AUGUCGUCAUUUGGUGGUGUGACCUUUCCGGAUGUUGCUGUGCGCUUCUCCUGGGGGGAGUGGAGGCUUCUUGAUGAGGCUCAGAGACGCCUGUACCUCAGUGUGAUGCUGGACAGCUAUGCACUUAUAUCCUCGCUGGACUUUAGUACCCUGUGGAAUAAAAGUGAUGAGAAAGUGACCGUCCUUGUCUUGUUCCUGAUUACAGAGAACAAGCUUUUAGCUUCUACCAUGAAUAUGAAGAAAAUCCCAGCCAGUGUGGGACAUCUGCAGCAACAGACCACUCAUACUGUGGAGAAGCCAAGCAAAAUCACCCAGUGUGAGUCAACUUCACAAGGCAGGAAAAAUCAUCACACCUGGGGAGAAUGCAAGAAAGCCCUCAGCCCCAAACACACACUUGUUCAGGACCGGUGUGUCUAUACUGAAAGACAGUGUUUUGUGUGCAGUGAGUGUGGGAAAACAUUCAGGUACAAAUCCGCAUUUGUUAUGCACCUGAGAGUCCACACUAGAGAAAGGCUUCAUGUGUUUAGCAGAAGUGACAAAUCCUUUAGACAAAGCUUAACCAUCAGUCAACAUCAAAAAAUUUAUACUGGUUCAGGACAGGACAAGUGCAGCAAAUGUGGGAAAUCCUUAACUCGCAAGUGUGUCCUCAUUUAUCCCCAGAGAUUGCACAGUGGAGAAAACAGUUCUGUGUGCAGUGACUGUGCAAAGUCUGUUUCCCAUAGCUCUGUGUUCAUUCAACAUAAGAGAGUAUUUUCUGGAGAAAGGUUUUAUAAGUGUAGUGACUGUGUGAAAUCGUUUACCUGUAGGUCUGCCCUCAUUUAUCAUCAGAGAUCGCACACAGGAGAAAGGCCUUAUGAGUGCAGUGAAUGUGGGAAGUCCUUUACCACUAACAGCACCCUCCUUUGUCAUCAGAGAUCUCACACAGGAGAAAGGCGUUAUAAAUGCAGUGAAUGUGGGAAGUCUUAUACCUCUAGCAAUGCUUUACAAUAUCAUCGGAGAGUUCAUUCUGGAGAAGGGCCUUAUGAGUGCAGUGAAUGUGGGAAAUGUUUUAUGUCUAGGUCUGCAUUCAUUUGUCAUCAUAGAUAUCACACAGGAGAAAAGCCUUAUGAGUGCAGUGAAUGUGAGAAAUCUUUUGUCUCUAGGUCUUCCCUCAGAUAUCAUCAGAAAUCUCACACAGGAGAAAGACCUUAUGAGUGCAAUGAAUGUGGGAAAUCUUUUGUCACUAACUCUAACUUCCAUUACCAUCAAAGAAUUCAUACUGGAGAAAGGCCUUAUAAGUGCAGUGAAUGUGGGAAAACUUUUACCACUAGGUCUAACCUCCGUUAUCAUCAAAGUACUCACACUGGAGAAAGGCCUUAUGAUUGCAGUGAAUGUGGGAAAUCUUUUAUUACUCCUGCUGUUCUUCGUUACCAUCAGAAAAUUCAUUCUAGUGAAUGGCCUUAUACGUGCAGUGAAUGUGGGAAAUCUUUUACCUCUAAAUCCAACUUUUGUUAUCAUCAGGGGGUUCAUUCUGGAGAAAGGCCUUGUAAAAGGUGCAGCGAAUGCGGGAAAUCCUUUACCAGUAUCAGUUCCCUCCGUUAUCAUCAGAGAAUUCAUUCUGGAGAGAGGCCUCAUGAGUGCAGUGACUGUGAGAAAUCUUUUAUGUCUAGGUCUGCCCUCAGAUAUCAUCAGAUAUUACACACAGGAGAAAGGCCUUAUAAGUGCAGUGAAUGUGGGAAGGCUUUUAAAACUAGCUCCAACCUCCGUUAUCAUCAGAGAGUUCACACAGGAGAAAGGCCUUAUGAGUGCAGUGAAUGUGGGAAAUCCUUUACUUCUAUCAAUGAUCUGUGUAAUCAUUAUAGAUUUCAUUCUGGAGAAAAACCUUAUAAGUGUAGCAAAUGUGGGAAAUCCUUUAUCCUUAGGAAUAGCUUCAUUCAACACCAGAGAGUUCACACAGGAGAAAGUCUUUAUGGAUGUAGUGAGUGUGGGAAAUCUUUUCAGAGUAAGUGUAAGCUUAUUGAACACGAGAGUAUUCACACGGGAGAAAGGCCUUACAAAUGCACGGGAUGUGGGAAAUCUUUUACCACUAAUUACCUCCUCUGUGUACAUCUGAGAAAUCACACUGGAGAGAAGCCUUAUGAGAGCAGUGAAUGUGGGAAAUCUUAUACCACUAGCUCCACCCUUCGUUAUCAUAGUAGAAUUCAUACUGGAGAAAUGCCUUACAAAUGCACCAAAUGUGGGAAAUCUUUUACCACUAAUUACCUCCUCUGUGUACAUCUGAGAAGUCACACUGGAGAGAAGCCUUAUGAGUGCAGUGAAUGUGGGAGAUCCUUUACUAGCAACUCUGGCCUUCAUUAUCAUCAGAGUACUCACACUGGAGAAAGGCCUUAUGAGUGCAGUGACUGUGGGAAAUCAUUUGUCCAAAGAAGUCUCCUCAUUGUACACCAGAGAGCUCACACUGGAGAAAGGCCUUAUAAGUGCACUGAAUGUGGUAAAUCUUUUACUCGUAGCGCCACCCUCUAUUAUCAUCAGAGAGUUCACAGUGGAGAAAGACCUUUUAAGUGCAGAGAAUGCGGGAAAUCUUUUAUUACCACGUCCAAACUGCAUUGUCAUGAGAGAGGUCACACUGGAGAAAGGCCUUAA